UCCAUCAUGAUGAUCCAGCUCAAGCCGGUCCUCCUGGGCCUCCUUGCUUUGCCCGUCAUGGGCGCCAUGGCCCAAGAAGGCGCGGUACGACUUUCAGAGCAUAUUCAUCGUUAGAAAAGAAGCCCUCGACUGACCCAGGUGGUUGUUUUCACAGGCCGAUCAAGACACCACGCCAGUCAACGCGGCCAUGCUGGCCGCGGACAUUGAGACCACUUUCCCCGAGGCCGACAUCUUCGGCGUAAAGCUCGUAAACGGCCGCCCCACCAAGGCUCUCGUCGAGUUCGCGAAUCACGAGGAGACGCCGAUCCAGGUUGCCCUCCUGACUGGCACCUUGUCCAAGCUUGGGGAGCUGCCUGCUGGUGCCCUGGGUACUGAUGCCAUUGUCCGCAACCUCACGGCAGUUCGCUACGCUCUGUCCGUGGAGCCGGGCGAGAAGAAGGCCGUCCCUUAUUCCUUUGUGCAAGACAUGCAGCCCCAGGACGUCCGGAUCCAGUUGGUUGCUGUCGUCUACAACUCGGCUGGCGACGUCUUCCAGGUGCAGGCUUAUGACGGCACGGCCGCCAUCGUUGAGGCCCCGAUCAGCAUCUUUGACCCUCAAAUGUGAGCUCCUCCCCAAAAAGAAUCACUGGGGAAAUUGUCCGGCGCUGGGAGCCAUACAAUGUUGCCAAUUCGAGAAGAAAAGAAAAGAAACCCGAGUCACUAACCAGACCACUGUAGCAUCUUCCUCU